AAUAAUGUUUUAAGGGCUUAAAUAGAUAUGCAAGUUCAUAAUUACAAUCAUGAUUUGACUAAAACGGAUUAUUGUGUAAAUUUACCAUUAAUUGGGGAGACAGAGGGAAGGAAACGGUCUGAUGAGGAAGGAAGUCACUACGCAACUGAGCGUUGAAAUGUAACGGUCUGAUGAAGAUUGAGGAGCGAGUCAUCACUACGCAACUGAGUUUUUUGCCUCUGGCGGCCCUUGAAUGAAUCUCAUCUAUAUAUUCAUUGCAUUAACUUUCUUCAUUUUUGUUGGAAACGAAUGGGUGGCACUGCCAUUAGCAUUUUUUUGCUUUGGACUUCAGCCUCUGAAAUUUCAAACUUUCCCCAUCAAACCAUUUAAUCUCCCAUUCCCAUUCCCAAUGACUUUGCUCUACUCCACAUCUCAAAUCAAUGACUCUCUCAAACCCUCCAACCAUGGAGUUUCCCCUCCAAUUGACCCAUUCCAUAUCUCUUCUCUAUAUUAACAAUGGAGUUCAAAAACUGACCCAUGUGUUCUUCUCUGGAGCUUUGUUUUCUUACCAAAGUCUCGCAUGGCUGUUGCAGCACGUUUAGCUCUUCUUUCUGUGUUCCUCUCUUUGGCUGCUCAUUCGGCGCAGUCUUCAUUUCCCUACCAUGGAUUCAACGACACAAGCUUUGAUCUUGAUGGUGGAGCAACCGUUGUGAAACCAUCUGGUGCGUUGAGGCUCACCAACAGAUCACAAAAAAUCAUCGGCCACGCAUUCUAUCCAAUUCCGUUCCGGAUGUUUGAUGAAAGUUCCAACUCAUUUCGGAAUGCUUCGUCUUUCAACACAAGUUUUGUGUUUGCAAUCGAUCCAUCGAGUCCCGGCCAAGGGGGCUACGGCUUGGCCUUCACCUUAGCUCCAUCAACCCAAUUUGCAGGUGCUGAGAGUGGGCACUUCCUUGGAUUAUUCAACCAUUCCAACAAUGGAAGCUCUUCCAACCAUAUAUUUGCUGUUGAAUUUGACACUGUUAAUGGGCAAGAUGAAGGAGAGAACAGCAAAGGAAACCAUGUUGGGAUCAACAUCAAUAGCAUUUCAUCUGUUGCUUCCAAACCUGCUGGUUAUUCCAACUAUGGCAAUCCUAAUAACGGCGACUUUCAAAUCGAUUCUGGCAAUCCGAUUGUCGUUUGGAUUGAAUAUGAUGGCCCCAGAAGAACUGUGAACGUCACUAUAGCUCCAAUGACCAAGCAAAACCAAAAACCAACAGAGCCACUCCUUUCGCAUCAGAUUGACCUGACUCCUUUUCUAAAGGAACAAAUGUUUGCUGGCUUCUCGGCAUCGACUGGAGAUAAAACAAGCUCUCAUUACAUUUUGGGAUGGAGCUUUGCAGUGAACGGAUCGGCGCCGCCCCUGAAUCACUCUCUUCUUCCCAACCCACCAAAAGAGCAAGAUCCUCCUCCUUCACGCAAUUCCCACUUAAAGGUACUUUUUGCAGCUUUAUCUGUGGUGGCCAUUAUAGGAGUGCUUUUCUUAGCUUUCUGGUUCAGAAGAAUGUGGCAAACUGAGAGCCUUGAGGAUUGGGAAAGAGAUUGUCCUCACAGAUUCAACUACAGAGAUCUUUACACAGCAACAAAGGGAUUUAAAGACAGCGAGCUAAUUGGAAUUGGGGGGUUCGGCUCAGUAUACAAGGGCCACUUACGUUCAACUGGAAUUGAGAUUGCUGUGAAGAGAGUAAGAAGAAACUCAAAACAAGGAAUGAAGGAAUUCGCAGCAGAAAUCGAAAGCUUAGGACGAUUAAGACACAAAAACUUGGUUAAUCUUCAAGGAUGGUGCAAGAAACAGAACGAUCUACUCAUAGUUUACGAUUAUAUUCCAAAUGGAUGUCUCUAUUCGCUUCUAUAUCAUCCAAAAAACAACUACAUAUUGAAUUGGAAAGAAAGAUUCAACAUCCUUAAAGGAAUUGCCGCAGGAUUAUUGUACCUUCACGAAGAGUGGGAGCAAGUGGUGAUCCACCGAGAUGUAAAGCCAAGCAAUGUUCUAAUCGACGGCGACAUGAAUGCACGAUUGAGCGAUUUUGGCCUGGCCAGGCAAUACGACCACAACGAAGUAUCGCACACGACCGGCGUCGUCGGCACCAUCGGCUACAUAGCGCCGGAGUUGGUUCGCACAGGGAAGGCAUCGAAGAGCACCGAUGUGUUCGGCUAUGGAAUUAUGCUUCUGGAAGUGGCGUGUGGGAGAAAGCCUCUGGAACCGGAGCAGUUCAUAUUGGUCGAUUGGGUGAUGGAAUGCUACGAAACUGGAGGAAUUCUUUACGCUGCUGAUCCGAAGCUGAAUUCAGUGUAUGAGAUUGAGGAGAUGGAGAUGGUGCUGAAAUUAGGGCUUCUGUGCACUCACCAGAGACCAGAAGCUCGGCCGACGAUGAGACGGGUCACGAGAUUUCUUCACGGCGACGAUCCACUUCCGGCGGUCGACGGCUGGGAUUGUUCUCAGAGUUAUUACGGAUCUAACUCCAGAACGACUGAAGUCAUUUCAGCAAUGUCUUAUCGCUCAUCGUCCAUCGGCGCAAUCUCGUCUGGCUCCAUAGACGCUGGCAGAUAAUUUACCAUUUUCCUCUUUUAUUUUUCUUCUUUAAAUGUUCAUUCAUUUUUAUCUUUAUCAUUGUAACCUAGUUGUUCAACUUUGUACAGAGACGAUCAUCAGAAAUUUGA